AUGGCAAACACCGACGGGACCGCGAACUGCGCACGAGCCUACCAAAUAAUUAAUAUGCCUCCGCUGCAGCCUUCGGAGGUCACGGCGUGGUUUACGCUCCUGGAAAUACAGUUCGAGGACAUGGAUCUUACGGACGACAAGCGAAAGUUCGUGACCCUCGCCAGGUGCCUCGGCGGUCGGUACAUGUCGCAUAUCGAGGACGUGAGGAAGAGGAUACCAGAGGCGGAACAAUACGAUAAAUUAAAAAGCACGAUCAUUCAAGAGUUGGCUGAUACAGCCAGCACGAAGACACGCAAACUGCUGAUUUUCGAAGAGAUGGGCGACCAAAAGCCGUCCCAACUCUAUCAACACCUAAGAAGAUUAGCCGGUUCCUCCACGCCGGACGAAUUCCUCCUCACACUCUGGAGGGAGCGACUCCCGGAAUACAUAGACACCGCCCUGGCCGCGGUGGACGAAACGGACGCAGAAAAGUUGACGCGAGCAGCCGAUCGAAUUUACGAGACACACUCGUUGAGGAGACAGAGGGUCGCCGUUAUCGAGACAGAGAGAACCGGAGACGAACGGCGAGAUCGCCCCUCAGAAUCGACAGACGACGACAGGCUCUCCAGAAUAGAGGCACAAAUCGAGGCACUGCGCCUCGACCGGCGCCGCUACCAACGGCUAAACACGAGACGGUACGGACCGCGCCCGAGAGAAGAGCCACAGGACUCCGGUCUUUGUUACUACCAUGCGACGUUCCGAGCGCGGGCGAAGAAGUGCCGUCCACCAUGCACAUGGAUGCAGGGAAACGAAACCGGCCGUCCGUAA